GUUGCACUUAAAUCAGCAGUACCUAAGCUAGAGGUAUGUUUUAUCCCUUCUCCGAAACAGGCCAUUUGCUCUCGACGGCACCAGCUACAUACAUUUUUAAGUCUUCAUGCCACCGCUCCUAACGUAAAUGGAGAAACAGUAUCCAUGCACUCAAGAUACCCUUUCUUUCACUGUUGCCGCUACCGCUACCAGUACUACUAAAGCUGAUCACCGAAAACCCGACACUCAGCGCGGCGGUACUCGCCACGCGGUUUUCCAUGGUGUCCGAAAGCGGAGGUGGGGGAAAUGGGUGUCCGAAAUUCGGGAACCCCGCAAGAAAACUCGCAUUUGGCUGGGCUCUUUCCCCGCGCCAGAAAUGGCAGCCAAGGCUUAUGAUGUCGCGGCAUAUUGCUUGAAAGGUCGCACGGCGCAGCUCAAUUUCCCCGACCAGGUCCAGCACUUGCCGAGGCCCUCCACAUGCACCGCCAGGGAUAUCCAGGAGGCAGCGUCGAAGGCUGCGCAGACCAUGGUGUCGUGGAACAAGGGACGCGACUCUGGGUCGGAUGGUGAAGAUUUUUGGGGGGAGAUUGAAUUGCCGGAGCUGAUGACGAGUCCGGGGUGUCAUUGGAACGCUUGUGGGUGGUCGUUUACCGGCGACGGCCCUUGGCAUGCCUCUAAUGUGGCAUGCCAUGCCUCUAAUGUGGAUGAGUUGGCUCAUCCAUUCAUGGCAUGCCUCUAAUGUGGAUUGUUUUGCUGUUUGCGUGGUUGUUAGGCUAGAUAUAUGCAUGUACUACGUACGUAGAUGCCAAUGCACUGGUUCUGUCUUGCUAGCUCAUUGAAACAUGGACACUGUGUGCGUAUGAAAAAAUAUUGAUUCUCGGCAUUUUAUAUCAAAAUCAAAGCAAUCUCAAUUAA